AUGGCCGCUGUAUCGGAUUCAAUCGUCUUCAUAGGACAGAAUAUAACGAGCAUCCUUCUACUUGUUUUUGUCCUUCACUUUACACGCAAUUAUCUGACAUCGGGGGUAUCUGCUAUACCGGGGCCAUUUCUAGCCAAGAUAUCGAAUGUUUGGAGAUUCGUGGAUGUUGCAAAAGGUCAUGCUGAGGUGACAUUGUUGAAGCUUCAUCGCAAACACGGUGACUAUGUGCGACUUGGUCCGAACGUGGUGAGCGUUCGGGACUUGGACGCAGUCAAAAUCAUUUAUGGAAUAAACCAAGGAUAUAACAAGACCGACUUCUACAAAGUCCAGCAGCAAUUGGCCAAGGGUAAGCCCACGCCAACUCUUUUCACCACCACAGACGAAGAGUUCCAUGCCGCGAUAAAACGACCUAUAUCUUCUGCGUACUCUAUGAGUACCCUGACGGAGUUUGAGCCUUUUGUUGAUAAAACUAUCCAUGCUUUUUUCAAGAGACUGGAUGAAUUUGUGGAUGAUCAUAAGGUUUGUGAUAUUGCUACCUGGUUGCAAUACUAUGCCUUUGAUGUUAUUGGAGAAUUGACCUUUAGCAAACCACUGGGGUUCUUGGAGAAAGGAUCCGACGUGGAUGGAAUUAUUGCAGCUCUUGAAGCAAUGCUUAGUUAUUCUGGCAAGAUUGGUCAGAUCCCCUGGCUAGAUUAUCUCUUCAUCAAAAAUCCCCUCAGGGGGAUUAUUCAAGGGGGCUCCACCGGUGCGGUGGCUCGCUUUGCCCGUGCCCGGCUAGACGAGAGACUUCAAGAGUCGAAGCUGGGAGGAACAGUCGAAAAAGAAAGCCCAGUACCCCAACAAAGAGACUUUCUUGCCAGAUUUCUAGAAGCGAAAAAUCAGCAUCCCAAUAUUGUGAAUGAGAACCAAGUCUUCUCCUACACAAUCAGCAAUAUGAAUGCCGGAUCAGACACCACCGCUAUAUCGCUGCGAGCCGUUCUUUACUACACGCUCAAAACCCCACAGGUUGCGUCAAAGCUACAAAAUGAACUAGACACUGCCUUGAAAGAGAAUCGAAUCACCUUGCCGGUCUCAUGGAAGCAGAGUCAAGAACAACUGCCUUAUCUCGACGCGGUUAUCAAAGAAGCACUCCGUCUACAUCCUGCUGUGGGGCUACUCCUGGAACGAAAGGUACCUCAGGGUGGUCUCCAACUCCCAAAUGGCGGACCAUAUCUGCCCGCAGGGACAAUAGUCGGUGCAAAUCCCUGGAUAAUUCACCGACAUGCUCUUUUCGGUGAACAUGUCGAUUCAUUUCGUCCUGAGAGAUGGUUACCAGCAAACGGCGAAUCCGGUCCCGGGUUCCAGUCUCGGAAGCAGAAAAUGCUCCGUGCGACACUCACAUUUGGGGCCGGGUCGAGGACUUGUAUCGGGAAAAAUAUUAGCCUGCUGGAAAUUUACAAGUUGAUUCCUUCGCUAUUUCUCGCCUAUGAUAUUCGAUUAAAGAACCCGGAGAAGGAGUGGAAGACUACCAAUGCAUGGUUUGUACGACAAACGGGCAUCGAUGUUUUGUUGGCCCGUCGCGACUUACAAGAGGUGCCCCGUUAA